GAGAUCUGUAUUUUAAAAAACAUGCCUGAGAAUCGAGAGAAGAAGCAAGCGGCCGCCGCCGCGGCAACCACGACGUCCGUGGAGGGCAUGACCAGCAAGGACUACUAUUUUGACUCGUACUCGCACUUUGGCAUCCACGAAGAGAUGCUCAAGGACUCGGUGCGCACCAAGACGUACAUGAACGCGAUCAUGCAGAACGCGCACCUGUUCAAGGGCAAGAUCGUCCUCGACGUCGGGUGCGGCACCGGCAUCCUGAGCAUGUUUGCCGCGAAAGCAGGGGCCGCGCAUGUCUAUGGUGUAGACUGCUCGGGUAUCAUCACGCAAGCAAAGCAGAUCAUCGCGGACAACGGGUUCAGCGACCGCAUCACGCUGAUCAAAGCCAAGGUCGAGGAGAUGGAGCUGCCGGUGCCCCAUGUCGACAUCAUCAUCUCCGAGUGGAUGGGGUAUUUCCUUCUCUACGAGUCAAUGCUCGACACGGUCCUGUACGCCCGCGACAAGUGGCUCGCUCCCGGCGGUCUGCUGUUCCCCGACAAAGCCGUGCUGUUUCUAGCCGCCAUCGAAGACGGCCAAUACAAAUCUGAAAAGAUCGACUUCUGGGACAACGUGUACGGGUUCGACAUGAGCUGCAUCAAGAAGAUCGCGAUGCUCGAGCCGUUGGUGGACACGGUCGACGGCGAUGCGAUCAUGUCCAAUGCCACGCCCAUCCUCGACAUCGACUUGGCGACUGUGACGAAAGAAGACCUGGCGUUCUCGUCGCCGUUCUCACUUGUGGUGGCGCGGCAAGACUUCUGCCACGCGUUUGUCGCGUACUUCGACUGUGCCUUCACCCACUGCCACAAGCCCAUCUCGUUCUCGACGGGACCUCGCGCCAAGUACACCCACUGGAAGCAGACCGUGUUCUACCUGUCUCAUGCGCUCACAUGCUUCCCUGGCGACGUCAUCGAGGGCACCCUCACGUGCGCGCCUAAUGCGACGAAUCCCCGCGACCUUGACAUUGACAUCUCGGUGCAUUUCGACGGCGCGUCCACCCUCGACGAAACGCUGUCCUACCGCCUUCGAUAAAAGGGUUGAUAAACUGGAAUUAGUGUGAAUGUCACGGGAUUUUUCUCGAAUCGCGGCAAAAUAGUUUAAUACCGUAACGGUAAAAUAAAUAUCAAAUGGAGCUCUGAGGCAUACAAUCGC